AUGGCGACGGCGUCGCCAACAGCCGCCGUGGUGACCGCCACUGUGGUGACCACGGCGGCCGCUAUGGACUUGCGCGACUGGAUCUUCCUCUGCUACGGGCUGGUGGCCUUUCUGAGUGAGGUGAUCGACAGCACGACCUGCCCCUCGGUCUGCCGGUGUGACAACGGCUUCAUUUACUGCAACGACCGGGGCCUCACCUCCAUCCCGGCUGACAUCCCGGACGAUGCCACCACCCUCUAUCUGCAGAAUAACCAGAUCAACAAUGCGGGAAUCCCUUCUAGUUUGAAGAAGAAACUCAACGUUCAGGUCAUCUACCUCUACGAAAAUGAUCUGGACGAAUUCCCCAUCAACCUGCCCCGCUCGCUGAAGGAGCUGCAUCUGCAGGACAACAACGUCCGCACCAUCGCCCGGGACUCCCUGGCCAGGAUCCCUCUGCUGGAGAAGCUGCACUUGGACGACAACUCGGUCUCCACCGUCAGCAUUGAGGACGACGCCUUCGCCGACAGCACUCGCCUCAAGCUGCUUUUUCUCUCCCGCAACCAUCUCAGCAGCAUCCCGUCCGGGCUGCCCCGCACUCUGGAGGAGCUUCGCCUGGAUGACAACCGCAUCUCCACCAUUCCCCUCCACGCCUUCAAAGGCCUCAACAGCUUGCGGCGUUUGGUGCUGGAUGGCAACCUGCUCGCCAACCAGCGCAUCGCGGACGACACUUUCAGCCGCCUGCAGAACCUCAGCGAGCUCUCGCUGGUGCGCAACUCCCUGGCGGCCCCGCCGCUCAACCUGCCCAGCGCCCACCUGCAGAAGCUGUACCUUCAGGACAAUGCCAUCAGCCACAUCCCGUACAACACCCUGUCCAAGAUGAGGGAGCUAGAGAAGCUCGACCUGUCCAACAACAACCUGACCACCCUGCCCAAGGGCCUCUUCGAUGACCUGGACGGCCUUUCCCAACUCCUGCUGAGGAACAACCCGUGGUACUGCGGCUGCAACCUCAUGUGGCUGAGGGACUGGGUCAAGGCCCGAGCUGCAGUGGUCAACGUCAGAGGACUGAUGUGCCAAGGGCCUGACCGGGUCAGAGGGAUGGCCAUCAAAGACAUCACCAAUGAGAUGGACGAGUGCUUUGAUGUUGGCCAGCAAAGCAACUCAGCGGUGGCGGCCAAGACGACGGCCAGCAACGCCGCCGUCACCACCCCGCAAGGCUCCCUCUUCACCCUCAAAGCCAAACGCCCGGGUAUCCAGCUGCCCGAUUCCAACAUUGACUAUCCAAUGGCCACCGGAUCGGGAGCCAAGACGCUGGUGCUGAACGUCAAGCCGCUGACGGCCAACAGCAUCCGCAUCAGCUGGAAGGCAUCCCUCCCGGCAGCCUCCUUCCGCCUGAGCUGGUUGCGCCUGGGCCACAGCCCGGCCGUCGGCUCCAUCACUGAGACGCUGGUGCAAGGCGACAAGACCGAGUACCUCCUGACUGCCCUGGAGCCCAAGUCCACUUACAUCAUCUGCAUGGUCACCAUGGAGACAGGCAACACCUACAUCCCGGACGAGAGCCCCGUGUGCGCCAAAGCCGAGACCGCCGACAUGUACAGUCCCACUACCACCCUCAACCACGAGCAGAACCUCGACCCCAUGGCUGGGCUGCCCCUGGCGGGGAUCAUCGGCGGGGCGGUGGCCUUGGUCUUCCUCUUUCUGGUCAUGGCUGCCAUUUGCUGGUACGUCCACCGGACCGGUGAGCUGCUGACGCGCGAGCGAGGCAGCCGGAAGAAGGACGACUACAUGGAGUCGGGCACCAAGAAAGACAACUCCAUCUUGGAAAUCCGAGGGCCCGGCUUGCAAAUGAUCCCCAUCAAUCCUCACCGGGCGAAGGAAGAAUACGUCAUCCACACCAUAUUCCCUUCCAAUGGAACCAGCCUUUACAAAAGUACCCACACAAUUGGCUACGGUACAACUCGGGGAUACAGAGAAGGGGGCAUCCCAGACGUAGACUACGCCUAUACAUGA